CAAGAUAUUUAAUGUUCAAACUGAUAAACUUUGUUUUGAGCAAAUAAAGAAUUUGAUGGCUGCAACGCUACUACUUUACGGCAGCCCUUUUACGUCACAUGCAAACGCUCAUUUACGGCAUCGUUAGAGACGCAUGGAUAUAAACAAUAAGGCAAGCGCGGAGAGCUUAGCAAUGUUCGAACUCAAAAGGGAGCCCAAAGAGGAGGUGGAGGACUUGGAAGAGUUGGUGCCGAAAAGAGGGAGCCGGAGUUCCAUGGUUUGGCUUUGGUUUGGAUUUAAAGCAUCAGACAUGGAGCAGAAAACGGUCAUCUGUAAAACAUGCCGCCGUCAAAUCGCUACGAGCGACUCUAACACGUCGAAUCUCUUCUAUCACUUAAAAACGCGACAUGAAGAACUGUACAUCGAGAGUGUGAGGUUGCGAGAAAGCAUAAACGGCACAUCGCAACCGCAAAGUAACGGAACGAAAAAAACAGACCAGAGGGCUCGAAAGGAAUCGUUGACUAAAUUCAUCCCGUAUGACGAGCAGUCUCGCAGACAUCGCGAAAUUACAGAUGCCAUCUGUGAUUUCAUCAUAUCGGAAGACACGGCCUUUGCAUGUACUGUCGAAAAAAAGGGCUUCCGGGCAUUGAUCAAAACACUUGACCCCAGGUACAACAUGCCAGAUCGGAAACACUUCAGUGACGUCCAGCUGCCUCGCCUCUACAAAGAGUGCCGCGCGAAGGUGACUGAAGAACUUCGAAACGUGGAAUAUUUCGCAUUGACAACUGCUCUGUGGACCUGUGGAGUCACACGGCCGUAUAUGACCCUAACGGUGCAUUUUAUCAACAAUGACUGGCUCCUCACUAGCCGAUGCUUACAAACCGUUUACUUCCCUGAAGACCACUCAGAGGUGAUGAUGACCACCGUCCUCAGAGAAGUACUUGAAUCCUGGGAGCUGCGUGAGGAGAUGCUCAUCUGCGUGACCACAGAUAAUGCAACUAAUAGCAAUAGUGCACUGCAGCUGGACGAGUGGAACAGGCUACAGUGCUUUGGGCACCGUUUGCAGCUGGCAAUAGAGAGCAGCCUGAAAACACUGUCACCUCAAACCCAAACGGAUGUGCAACGUGCAGUUGAGGUAUGCAAGCAGGUGACGGGUACCAUCUCAAAUUCAUUCAAGAGAAGAUGUGACCUGGCCAAGGCUCAAGUGGACCUGGACCUGCCCAUUCACCAGCUCAAGAGUGAGAGCCCCACAAGAUGGGGCUCGAGACAACAGAUGAUCAGCAGGUUCAUCGAGCAGGAGAAAGCUGUUAAACAGGUUCUCCGUGAAGACAGUAAAGUGAGGCAUCUGAUCCCAACCAGGCAAGACAUGAAAAUCCUGGAGUCUGUGAACAAAGCAUUGAGCCCUCUCAUGGAAUUUACAGAUGCCUUUCCUGGAGAGGAGUAUGUCAGCGUGUCGUACGUUAAACCUGUAUUACACCUCUUCAAGCAGCAAAUUCUCAAGUCUCAAGAUGAUGACUCACCGCUCACUAGAACGAUUAAAGAGGGAAUCCUGAAUUACCUCCAUGACAAAUAUGCCGACGACGCCACUGAAAAGCUGCUUGACAUGGCCAUGCUGCUGGAUCCACGAUUUAAAACGGCCUACACUAAGGCAGAGCGAAUCGACCUCAUGAAGACAAGAGCCGCUACAGAAAUAGAGUUGCUGGUGGCCGGAGGUGAGACAGCAGCAACAGCUGCCUCCACUCCAGCGCCGUUCGCAGAUGAAUCCGAGCUCCCGACAGCCAAGAAAGCCAAGAAGAGUUUGUCCAGCUACUUCAAGAAAGCAGCGGCACCCAAUUGCCAAAGCACGUCAAAGCCAAGCAGAGCAGCCGUUCAACUGGAGCUCACCAUGUACUUGCAGACAGCUGACUUGGAUCCCGAAGAAGAUCCUCGUGUAUGGUGGAGGCAGCACGAGCUCCACUUUCCAUUAGUCGCAAAGCUUGCCAAAAAAUACCUGUGCAUCCCCGCAACUAGUUUUCCCUCUCAGCAGAUCUUUGGUGCUAGUGGGAACGUGGUGACAUGGAAGAGAUCGUGGCUCAAACCCGAACGAGUUGACCAGCUUGUCUUCCUAUCUGUCAACCUGUAAAACACAUGAAAAAAAAAAAAA